AACUCCACCCCCCGACAGAAGUUUGCAGCCUCGGCUAAACUUCCAGUUCCCCUCUACGGACGACUGCUCUUUUCCAGCCUACCAUCCCACGUAGAGGCCCCAUUUUCCAGAAUGGAGUGCCGUUUGGUAGUAGCGAUUUUAGGAGUUUGUCUCAUCCCUUAUGGCCUUUCGGAUGUGCAGCUCAGUAGUAAUGUUAUUCUCGAGCCGUAUGAUCUGCUGUUCGACACAGCGGUGGAAGCCUACUACAAGGGUGACUGGAUGACCGUCAUCCUGAACAUGGAGAGGGCGCUUCGGAACAAGGCUGCGAUCCGCAGGGUGAAGGCGCAUUGUCGGAUAACUUGUGCAAACCAGAGCGCUUUCGGAGAGCCUUUAUCCAGCAUGGUUUUGCCAAUACCAGGCGCUGGCUCUGUGGAGGAUCUUGGUUUUUUUCAGAAAAUUAUGAAAAGGGCUGAUUGUGUAAAUACCUGCGAAAGUGAUAAAAUUGGACCACCAACUAUCCAUAAAAUUACUGAAGAUGUGGACCUUGAGUUUAAGAAGAGAACCCCCUACAAUUACCUGCAAGUCGCAUACUUCAAGAUCAAUAAGCUGAAUAAGGCUGUGGCGGCGGCCAACACGUUUUUCCUGGCCAACCCAGACCACAUGGAGAUGAGGCAGAACCUGGAAUACUACAGGAUGAUGUCCGGAGUACAUGAGGAGGACUUUAAAGACCUGGAGACCUGGCCGCACAUGGCAGAGUUCCUUGCAGGGAAGCGAUACUACAGCUCAGACUCGUUCGGUCUGGCCAUAGACCACUUUGAGGCAGCGGUGGAAGAGUACUUCAGCGCAGACCAGGAGUGCCGGGCGCUCUGCGAAGGAGCUUACGACUACGACGGAUACAACUACAUGGAGUACAGCGCUGACCUCUUCCAGUCCAUGACAGACCACUACAUGCAGAUUCUGAACUGUAAGCAGAGCUGUUCUGUGGAGCUAGCCUCCACCGUGGGGAAGGACAAGCCAUUUGAGGAUUUCCUCCCUUCCCACUUCAACUACCUACAGUUCUCCUACUACAACAGUGAGAAGUAUGAGCAUGCCAUAGAGUGUGCUAAGACCUACCUGCUGUUCCACCCAGAAGAAGAGGUAAUGAAUCAGAACCUGGCUUACUACUCCGCUGUGCUGGGGGAGGAAAAGGCUGCAGCCAUAUCCGCCAGACAGGUGGUGAAACAGCACAUUCAGCAGUCCCUGUUGGAGAAGGAGCUGCUCUACUUUGCUUUUGAAGUGUUUGGAAUCACUUUUGUUGAUCCAGAUUCCUGGACCCCUGCAGACGUCAUGCCCCUCAAACUGAGAGAGAAGCAGAAGGCAGACAGGGAGACUGCGGCGAGGAUCACUGAGGAGAUUGGGAAUCUGAUGAAGGAGAUUGAAACUCUGGUGGAGGAGAAGAACAAGGAGUCGACAGAUAUUGCCAAGAUCGUACGAGAAGGUGGUCCUCUGUUGUUUGAUGACAUCAAGAUUACCAUGUCGUCUAAGCAGCUGAAUGGUUCUCAGAGGGUUCUACUGGAUGGAUUUAUCUCGGAGGACGAGUGCAGAGAGCUCACCCGCCUUUCUAAUGCGGCUGCACUGAAAGGUGAUGGGUACCGAGGCCUUCCCUCCCCACACUCCCCCAGCGAGAGCUUCCAAGGAGUCACAGUCCUCAAGGCUAUUAAGUUUGGACAGGAGGGCACUGUGCCCCUGAAGAGUGCCCGUCUGUUUUUCGACAUGAGUGAGAAGGUGCGUAGGGUCCUUGAGUCGUACUUCCGUCUGGACUCUCCUCUCUACUUCUCCUACUCCCACCUGGUCUGCCGCUCCGCCAUCGACGAGAAGCAGGCUGACCGUGACGACCUGAGUCACCCGGUUCAUGCAGACAACUGCCUUCUGGUCUCUGAGCUCAACGAGUGCAUCAAAGAACCACCCGCAUACACACACAGAGACUACAGCGCCAUCCUCUAUCUGAAUGAUGACUUUGAAGGAGGUGAUUUCAUUUUCACUGAACUGGAUGCCAAAACUGUCACAGCGGAGGUGCGUCCUCAGUGUGGUCGUAUGGUUGGGUUUGGGGCAGGGAAGGAGAAUCCUCACGGGGUGAGAGCGGUCACUAAGGGCCAGAGGUGUGCUGUGGCCCUGUGGUUCACCCUUGACCCCAAACACGAGGAGAAGGAGCGGAUCCAAGCUCAAGAGAUGCUGAAGAUGUUCUCUACUCCUACGGACGCAGAGUUCACAGAGACAAAGACAGAGACCUCAGAGCCACAGCUCACACUUCCUGACCAGGCUGCGCUUCUUGGUCAAGCUGCACCCCCAGUACAGGAGCAGGCAGACAAACCAGAUUACACACCAGCAGAGAAGAAGCCUGAGGAACCAGCAGAAACAGUAAUUGAAAACCCAGCUGAUAAACCAGAAGAUAAAAAGGAUGAGAAGCUGACAGAGAAUCAGGCAGAAAAACACAUUGCCAAAGAGGGUGAAAAACCUAAGUUGAAAGAGGCAGUCAAAAUGAAAGCCAAAGCAGUGGAUGCAUCAAAGGCUAAAGCGACGACUAAAACAGCAGCUAAAGAAGGGGACAAAGCCAAGGCUAAAACAGCAGACAAGGCCAAACUAAAACCUGCAGCAAAAACAAACGUCAAACAGGCAGCAGGCAAAACGAAACCCAAAGCGACAGACAAAAAAGAGCAGAAGCCAGCUACAAAGAAGACAGAGAAAGCCCCUGUCAAAAAGGUUUCAAAGGACUCUAAAACUGACCCCAAAUCAGCCUCGGACUCACAGACAGACAAGGAUGAGCUGUGAGACCAACAGCACCUGUGACUUACUCUGUGGUGUCUCUUUUUCUACUGUUUGAAUAUAUUUGUUAAGGUUUUCUCUGUGGGUGUGCUGGAUAAAGAUAUUAAGUUGUUGAUGGAUAUUGUUUUGGAUGUUGUUUGUCUGCCCAAUAGCGGUGGUAAACGAACCAGGAUAAGGUGUUGUAAUGUAAGCCAUACCAUAAUACCAAGGGUCUGCAAAUUCACUCUGAUUGGCUGAUAUCAACUAACCAAUCAAUGAAUCAAUCAAAUCAAUGAAUCAACCAAUCAAAUUGGAUUUGUAUAGCGCAUUUCACAAAUACAUUUGUCACAAAGUGCUAAAUAGUAACCACAUUUAAAUUCCUAUCCGAGACUCAUGUGAAUAGAUACUGUUGUUUUUAUAGUGUUACUUUUGUGUAUGAUUUCGAAUUCUCUGUGCUAUUUUGUAAUGAUUUUAAAUGAACUGUUCUUUGCCUCAGGAAUGGAAAGAUAUAAUCUCCCAACAAAAAGAGAGAAAAAACCCCAGGAAAGAACAACCAUGAACAAAUUAACUGUGUCUGAGUAGAGACUGAAACCUGGAUUCAUGUGGAUACAUUAAAUAAAAGUGCUGUUUUUAUACUGAAAAAAAAAUAUAAACGCAACAUGUAAAGUGUUGGUCCCAUGUUU